GGCGGGCGGGCGGCGGCGGCGACGACGGCGGCCUCCUCCUCCUUCGGGGUCGGGCGGGAAGGCGGCAGCAAGGCCGCGGGCGCUGCGGGGGCGGCUGCUUGAACGUCUCCUCGUUCAACUUACCGCUUCUUAAACUGCAUUACUUACCUCUAAAAAGCGUUGGAAACACCCCCCCCCCCGCGAGCCUGUGAGCGGUCAGACGUUGCUGAACGCCUGCUCUGCCCGAGGCGGAACGUGCGCGGUCGUGUGCGGCCGCUGCUCCCGCGAACACCGCGGGGCCGCUCGUUGCUCCGGGCGGAUUUGCCCCUUGGUGACAGGAUGCCGCAUUUAACACACCAGCUGGAGCUGUUUCCUGACCGCAGCGUGACUCUCCUCCUGUUCAGUGAUGUAAAAAACGCUGCUGCUCUCCGAAAAAAGGCGAUGGAAGGCUCCAUUGGUGGGGCGUUAAUAAACCCUGCAAUGAUUGUAGACCCUUUUCAGAUUCUUGUGGCAGCCAACAAGGCAGUUCAUCUGCACAAGAUUGGUAAAAUGAAGACCAGAACACUCUACACAGAAAUUAUUUUCAAUCUUUCACCAAACAAUAAUAUUUCAGAUGCAUUGAAAAAAUUUGGUAUUUCAGACAGUGACACAGCGGUACUCAUUGUUCUGGUUAUAGACAGAGAAAAACCCGUUAAUCUGGAAGAUGUAGCAUCUCAAGUAGAAGGCCAGCAGGUUUCUCUAGAUGAACUCCCCCAACUUACAGACAUUGCAAAAGUUAAAAAGAUAUACAAACUUCUUCCACAGGAAGAAAAAAUCGGCACCUUAUUGGACAGCAUUAUUUGCAGAAUGUCAACAAAAGAUGUUUUAUGAAAAUGUGCGAAUAAAAUCUUUUUAAAAAGAAAAACAAUGAUUUUUAAGCUGCAAAAACAUUUCAUGGCAAUUAAUCCUAAUUUCAGAGAAAGCAGUGUAGUACCAAAUAGUGUAGUGACAUCUGAGCUUAAACUGUAAAUGAGCUUAAACGGUAAAGAACUAUCUUGGGUAUGGGAGUAAUCUAAGCUAUAUUCUAAGCACAGAGAUUCAAUUCUGUUGUACUAAGCAAAAUUGUCCAUCACCAUUUCUGUCAAUUUUCUUAUUUAACGUGAGAAAAGAUCACUUUUCCUAGCACCUUGAGGUGAUCAUAAAAAGAAGGCGUGAAAAUCUGUGCUUACUUUUCUUUUUCAUUGAGCGAUUUGUCACCCACAGAUGAGAUUCAAACAUUGUAAAUUAUUUUUAUUAACCCUACUGUGAUUUGUUUUGGCACCCCAGAGGGAUGAUAUUAUUUUAAUGUUUAACAAUACUAUUGCCAGGAAAAUUAUCUCAAUAAUGCUAAGGAUUGCUCCUGGACUAGACAAGGGGAAAUUUUUUAUAAUGCAUCUGCAGUAUCUCCCUCUUUCUGCUAAUGGAAUAGAAAUGCUGCCCAUCUUUUGAGGAACAGGAAGGCGGGAGGCAUGGCAGGACCCUGUGGAGCAGCAUGGAGCUGGGCCAGGCCUUGGAGAGGAGUGCAGCGUGACAAGUAAGAUCAUUAUGGAUCAUGCUACGGUGGUAUUAGCACCUGACAAUUUGAUAUUAUUUCAUACAGUGUACUGUAUACUACUGAGCUACUGGUGAAUUGCUUUAUGUUACCCAGUGUUGGGGGUUAAAGAAUAGUAUUAUAAAGAAUAGCAGAGGUAUUUUUGAUUUGUAACAUUGGGAAUUAAGUAUAAUGAUGCUGACUUCUUAAACAGAAAAAUCUACAUCUUGAAUAUACUCACUUUUAAGUUAUGGAUAUAGCUUAAAUAACAUGCUGAAAGGAUCCUUAACUAAUUUUGCUUUGCUGAACCAAUGUUAGGAAAGAACAUCAAAGAGAAGAAAAAAAAGAAUACUAAUUUCCGAUAGUCACCAGGUCCUGAAGUCGAGUGUCAGUAUCAUUUAAUCACAUACAGGCAUCCCAUUUCAUCAGAAUUACUGUCCCAAUUAGGCAGAAAUCCAUACUGCUUGUUAUUGUUACGCUGUGUUGUUUUUCUGGGAAAUGCCAUGUAUAAAACUAUAGUUGUCAGCACUAUUUUUCUUGUCAUUCUCUGAUGCAUUAGGACUUAUGCGACACUCUUUCAGAUACCUUUUAAGUACAUUAGUGUUCCCCUAACAUUUGGGAAAAAUAAGUAUAGUUUGUGGUGGAGAGAAAUCUGAGUUAGAAAUGAAAUGUUAGCCACGACAGUAAAUGAACCAGCAAACUAAUAUACAGACCUGAUAUUGUCUAUGUUCUGUAUUGAAUAUGGAAAUCCCUGGCCUGUUUUGUAUUUUGAUUGUGGUUAAUUUUUCUUCCUUCAGUUAAAAUACGGCAGUACAGACGGUACUACUGUACAAUCAUUUUCUUACCAACCAAAUCAGUGGCAGAAUAUCUUACUGAAGGUGUGUUAAAGACAGGCUGCUUGUUGAUCUCCACUUGUUCAGAUUACAUGAUAGAGGAAAAAUAAGUAUACCUAAGACUCAUUACAUUCUUUGGAAAUACUUAGGCUUUUUUUUUCUUGCAGAUCAUAGCCUUAAUGCAGAACUGAAAAUGCAUAGUUACUGG